AGUCGAUACAUUAUCGACAAAAGCGAUGAAGCACGACGAAAAAGUGAGCUGAAAGCUGAAAUUGAGUACAGUGUAGCACUGUCAGCGCUGACUGGACUUACACCUACAUCUCAAACUGUUCACAAAGGGUCUCCUGCUCACAAAACUAGCUCCUAUAUUUUAUAUUUUCUAUAUUUUCGGUCUUUUCUUCGUGUGAGAAGUGCAGUCACCAGUGAAUUACAACCAGGAGAUAAUUUUCCUUGAAAAGUUCAAGUUUUAGUGAAGUGAAAUUUACAGAAUACUAAAAAAAAAAAACAAAAAUAAUUAAUGUCGUCAUGAAUUGUUCGUGUGUGAUUUGCUGGGUGCGAUUACAAGCCACCCACAAUAUUAUAGCAACUGACUGCGGUCAUAUUUUUCACAAUAAGUGCCUCAACGAGUGGAUCGAGAGGUCUCCAACAUGUCCAGAAUGUCGUAAAGAUGUUAACUCAACCCAAAUUCGUCGUCUUUAUAUAAAUUUUACAAAUGACGACACCAUACAAGAUGACCCAGCAGUAUUACAAGAGCAGAUUGAUAAAUUGCAAUAUUUAACACGCUUCCAAGAGUCUCAGAUACAAACGCUGACAACGCAGAAAAAAAAUUAUGAGUUGAGAAUUAACGCGCUGGAUCGCGACCUCAUAACCCAGGCUAAGGAGGUCCGGAAACUCGACGUUGUCGUUUUUGCUUUGGAAGAUCAGUUGAAGGGCCACAAGGCCGCUUGUGAUGAGAGAAAAUAUUACCUAGAGCAAACUGUUAAAUUGAAGGGCGAGCUUGAUAGUUGCAGGAACUUCUUAAGCCUCGAACAAACUGCCGCCGAGCAUUACAAAUCAAUGGCGCUGAAGCAUGAGAUGACGAUAAGCCAAAACAACGCGAGAAUCGACAAGCUCCAAGAACAACUGGCCUUAUCAGAAGCGAAGUAUAUGACUAAGCUCCAGGAAGCAGAAAGUCUCCAGCACAUGUUGGCUCGAGCGAAAACUCCAGUGACAACUUCUACCAUAAACAAUGACUCGAUAUUGAUGUCAACAUUGCCCGACCUGGAUGAUAUUCGACUGGAUCAGUCCCCUAGUCGCUCCGAGCCGGCCUUUCCCUUUAACUUGGUGAUAAAGUCUCGGGAAAACAAGGAAAAUGAACCAAUGCACAACAGUAAUAUGUUUUCUUUUUUUAAAAGAAAAAGCUCCACUCCUGAGUAUGGACAACCUAACAAAAGACUUAUGCCUUCAAAUCACAUAGAUACAUUUGCGCAAGAGCUAGAGGCUUUUUGCAAUAGAGUAGAUUCAUAUCCAACAACGUCAGGGUAUCAGAAAAAAAAUUUCGUCAGUAUAACAGACACUCAUUUGCCAGCGACAAAUAACUUAUCCGCUUCGUCAACACUAUCACUGUCUUCAUCUUCUCUCUCUUCCCAGUCUUCAUCUUUAUCUUCAUCCUCAUCCUCAUCCUCAUCAUCUUCGUCUUCCUCGUCGUCUUCUUGCACAAACAAUGCUUUGAAACCGACUGAACUGGUUGACUUAACCGGCGAGACUUCCAUUGUCAUAGAUCUUACGUAAACAUUAUUUUUUUACCAUUUAAAUAUUAAAUUCAUGAAGCGAGUACAAUAAAUUUAUAAAUAAUUGCAUUUUUCAGCUUGUAAUGUUGAAUUA